AUGUCAGCCUACACAACGAACGCCGGUGAACAAGAGACCGAGAAGAUCAACACCAACAUUAUCACCUUGACCCGUUUCCUGACGGAAGAGCAAACCAAGCACAAGGAAGCCACCGGAGAUUUCACUCUUCUGUGUCACGCUCUGCAAUUCUCCUUCAAGUCCAUCGCAUACUACAUCCGCCGAGCUACCCUGGUCAACCUGACGGGUCUGGCCGGUUCCUCCAACAUCACGGGCGACGACCAAAAGAAGCUCGACGUCAUCUCCAAUGACCUCUUCAUCGAAGCCAUGAGGUCCUCUGGCCGCUGCGCCUUGCUCGUAUCGGAAGAGGAGGAGGAGAUCAUCUUCUUCAAGGACGCCACCGGCGCCCGCUAUGCCGUCGCCUGCGACCCCAUCGACGGCUCCUCCAACCUCGACGCCGGUGUCUCCGUCGGCACCAUCUUUGGCAUCCACAAGCUGCCCGAGGGCUCCACCGGCACAAAGGAGGACAUCCUCAAGCCCGGCUCCGAGCUGCUGGCCGCCGGCUUCACCAUGUACGGCGCCUCGACGCAGCUCGUCCUCACCAUGAAGGGCGGCACCGUCAACGGCUUCACCCUCGACAACGGCGUCGGCGAGUUCAUCCUCACCCACCCGGACAUGCGCCUGCCCCAGUCCCGCGCCAUCUACUCCGUCAACGAGGGUAACUCGCUCUACUGGGAGGACAGCACCAACAACUACUUCAACUCGUUGAAGACGCCGCAGGAGAACGGCAAGCCCUACAGCGCGCGUUACAUUGGUUCCAUGGUCGCCGACGCCUACCGUACGUUGCUGUACGGAGGUGUCUUUGCCUACCCGGCGGAUAAAAAGAGCCCCAAGGGCAAGCUUCGUAUCCUGUACGAGUGCGCGCCCAUGGCCUUGGUAUUUGAGAAUGCCGGUGGCCAAGCGGUAGACAGCCAAAUGAGGAGAAUGCUGGACGUCGUUCCCGAGGGUAUUCACGACAGGGCUGGAAUCUUCAUGGGCAGCUUCGACGAGGUUGAGAAGGUCAAGAAGUUCCACCAGAUGGCUGGCUACGUGCCAAGAAGGGAUUGGAUUGAGGAUUCCCUAUUGCGAGCUCAAGGAUAA